AAUAGCCCAUUGUGCAGCUCUAGUGUGACGUAAAUUAACAGCAACAACAUAGUGCGAAGUAAAUUAACAACAGCAGCAAUAAUGCAGAUUUUGAUAGUUUUUUGUAAACGUUCUUAAUGGGGCAGAAAUAGGUAGUCAAAAUAUAUAGAAUUCCAAACAUUAAUGGGUACGCAAAAUUUUAAAUAUCAAAAUGAAUUAUAAUUUUUUUUAUGGAUAACGAAGUGUUAAGAUAUGAUAAGGUUAUUUUUUAUUUUAUAAUUGUAAUGAGAAAUUAAUUAAUUAAAGAAUGGCGAAGAAUAUUAAGCGUAAAGGAUCUUUGCCUCAUGGAUGGGUUGUUAGGACGUCAAACAAGCAUCCUGACCUUAUAUAUUAUUUUAACGCUGUUACAGGAGAUUCAACUUGGGAAUGUCCAUCCUUAGACCCUCCUCGUAAGAAAAGUAAUAACUUAGGUGUUUCAUUUCUUUGUUCUAAUGAAUCUAAUAAACAAAAUGUUAACUGUUCCAAUGACUUCUUUCACAGUAGCAGUGAAGGAUUAGAUAACAGAUUCACAGACAAGACAUUUUGUACCACACUGAAUAAUUAUUCAGAAAAUAGUUAUGAUAUUAUUGACUAUGAAAAUCGAACACCACCAAAGUCACUGACUUGUAGUGUUAAUUCUGUUUCUUUGGAUAUUGCUGCAACUGAAACAGUUGAAAGAAUAAAUUACAAUAGAACAACCGAAAACAAUAUGGUGGCAUCUGUAUCUAACGGGAAUAGUCCUAGUAAAAUAAUAUCUUUGAAACGGCCAAUCGAAUUCACCGAUUCAAAUUUACAUGAGGUGGAUGAUUUUGAAAUGCUAGAUGUGACACAAGAUUUGCAACUUAUAGAGGAUUUACCAACAAAUGCUAGUUAUUAUAUUAUCGUAGACACAAAUAUAUUUAUUCAUAACUUGAAGCAGAUAGGUGUAAUUAUAGAUCAUGAUAUGGAAAAUUGUGGUCCUCCGCAUAUCUUUAUUCCUUGGGUGGUGAUUCAAGAGCUUGAUGGUUUAAAACGGGAUCCGAAACUUAAAUUUGCUGCUAUAGAUGGGGCUAAAUAUAUAAAUAAAAAAAUAAAAUCUAAAGACCCACGGUUUCACGGCCAGUCUCCAAAAGAAGUAAAAGAUUGGUCUCAAGAAUAUAGUCGCAGCAAUGAUGAUCGUAUUUUAGAGUGCUGUAUGAGUCUAGCUGAUAAGAUGCCUCCUAAUAAAGUAAUUCUAUUGACAAAUGACAUUAACUUAGCCAACAAAUCUCUGAUUUGUGAUAUAUCUGCUUAUGAUAUUAAGUCAUUUUGGAAAAAAUUCAAUGUUCCGUCAGUUAAAAAAACAGUUUCUUCUUCCACUAAUAAGGUUUCAACUUCACCUAAUAAUCCGUUGCUCAUCAAAAUGGAAGUUUUAACUCCUGUGAAAAACGCAGCAAUAACUCUAGCUAAUAAUGCAGCUUUAACUAUAACGAAAAAUGCAAUUUUCACUCCAACAAAAAAAGCAGUUUCAACUGUAACACAAAAUUUAACUGCUACUACCAAUAUUGUUAUGAAUCCCACAUCACAUCAAGCUGCAAUCGUGGAACAGUCAUUUCAGCCUGUUGUUAAACAAGAAUAUUAUGAACCAAAAGGAGGAAUAAAAAUCUAUAAUAUAAUGCGUAAGGCUCGUAUGUCCCUAAGAAAGGUUUUGUCCGUUUAUUUACCGACUGAGCUAGAUGAUGCAAUAGGAUUUGUUUGGAGGGACUCUAGGAAUGAUGUAUUCAAAUUAUCAGAUCAGCUGUGCCUUUUUAAUAAAUACUGGGACUCAGUAUUUUCUCAUUAUUUCACAGAGCAAACUCUAUGUAAUUUAAAGUAUUUGGGGACUAAAUUUGAUUCUGUUGGUGGAUUUUCAUUUGUAAAUGAUGAAUGUAUGACAAUUCUAGCCAUUAUUGAAGAUUUUUUUUCCAUUGUGCAAAAAAGAAAACCAAAUAUGAGUGUACCUGUCGAGACAAUUCGUGAUAGUCGUUCAAUAUCUAUGCAGUUACUACUUGGUGCAAGAAUGACUACAAUCAGUGAAAACAAUUUUAUGGAAUCCUGUUCAGAUAUAAAUCUCAAAGUUUUUGAAUAUAAUUGGAUUAUUAUGAAUCAUUUAUGCGGAGUUGUGAUGGAUUUUUAUGGUGUUAAACAUGAUUUUCUGUAUGAUAAACCACCUGUGAUACCCAGCGAAGCUGAAUUUGAUCGUCUUAUGUGUAAUUUGUAUCCCAGUGUUCAACAACUAAAACAAACAAUGAGAAAAGCUGUUGAGAUAAAAGAAAACAUAACUCCUCCUGGUCCAAAGUUUUAUAAAAAAUUUCAUAACAUGCUCAAAAACUUCGUUCCUUCUUUACAGAUAGAUGUUCAACCUUUAGACACUACUCAGUUUAAUGCAAGAGGUUUGGAAGAUUUUUGCAAGAAGUCAGAGAAUCGAGAAAGAAUUUCAAUUGGUUAUAAGCAGUUAGAAUAUUUCUCUUCUAAACUGCAAGAAGCUUUAUCUUCGAUGGUUUAUUCUAAAAAAACAAACCUGUCAUGAUACAUUUCUUUACUCUUAAUAUUAUCUACUUGUGAUUUCUAAUCAAUUUCAGUUAUUUUUUAUUAUAUCAUAAAUUCAGAGCAUAUUGA